UUACACACUUACUGAAACUGUCCUCUUUAGAACUAACACCCUAAGUUUAAAAAUGACAACUUAGAUGGUGAAAAGGAAAAGAAAAUCACUGAAAAACAAUAUCUAGUAUCAACCAAAGCAUAAAAUAAAAGUAUAUAAAUGAUGACUGAAAAGUGUACUUUGCAGCCCUCGUGUGAAAGUGUUGAAUAAUCCUGAUUAAUUCAAAAAUUGAACGAAGUGCAGUAUUUAUUAACAAUGCCUGAUACACUGUCCUUAUCAGCUGGAGUGAGUUUAGGUCUACUGGCCGGGAUCGUGUCUGGAGUAUGCUAUCUUUUCGCCAACGGAUUGGCGAAGCCUGGGGACGAGCGAAAGGAGUCCAGAAGGCGAUGCAUAGCGCCCACAGAGAAUAAUAUAUGCCUUAGAUGUGGCGGAGACCAGCUCGGAGGCGCUGUACCUUGCAUCUGUCUAGAACAUAGGCCAGUGAAGUUCGAGUCAGGCGCGUGGUUCUUGCGUCAGGCGCAACGAGCUCUCAGCCUUAUGCCGUGGUCCUUCAGCACUGACCGGUUGGAACAAAUUGAUGAAGAAGAAUGCGAAGGUCCCAGUUCCAGCGAGGGUCGGAGCGACGUGCACAAUGUGCGGGAGUUCCUGGAGGCGAUAUCGGCGCGGCUGGCUGGCGGGACUCUCGAGGGGACCAGAGUCGCCCCUCUGUACGACCACCCGGCAUAUCUACCUCAGCGCCACUCCGAGCCUGGUCACAGCCACACGCUGGGCGCCAGCGGGGCCCACGCCCAGCUAAAGCGCUUAGUCGCUAGAGUCGUGGAAGAAGCUUCAGCGCUGCCAGCGCUUGCGCAGUACGCCGCAGAGCCGCAAACGCCAACCGAAUCCUCCACGUACGAAGACCUACUGGCAACUGCUAUUUUGAAUAAGGUCAUCGAACGUUACCAAACCGAAAAUGGAUCAGGAGGUCGCAGCAGCGGGAUCCACUCGGCCAGCGCAAGCCCUUCGCCCUCCGACAGGUCAUCUCCACGCUCCCUGCACUCUAGGGCUACCAGGGAUAUCACCCCUACCCGUGAAGACGAUGCGUCAGACUGGGAGGAGGGGGAGGCGACGGAUGAUGCCCUAGAGGUGCCUCGACGCGUGCCCUUCCCAGAGUACGGCGGUGACAUUGUGCACGCAACAGAUAAUGAUUAUCGAGAGUUCGAUGAAGUUUCUGGCAGCGACAUACAAGCAAUUGAUGGAUCAUGGGAGGAAAACUGGCUUUUCCAGAAAAAGAAAAUAAAGAACAUUCAAUCGGCUCCAGUACCUAUGCUAGUACCAAAUUCUAACACACAAUACAGAGCUCUAAUUGGCGAUAGAGACGCUGAGGAUACCACAGAUUUAUCUGAUAAUGCCAGUGACGUAGAAGAACAAGAUAUAGAAUAUAAGAGUGACGUCAAAAAAGUUUUAGACUCCAAACACGUUAUUGGCGGCAAAGCAAAAGUCGAUGAAGUGUUAGACUUCGAACCUGAUAGUCUCACAAUCAUUGACGAAUCACAAAACAUAGUGGACUCUUAUAGUGAUAGGGUUAUAAGCGAAGACACGGUUGACUUCAAACAACCUGAUAUUGAAAUUAACAAUGAUAUUAAUAACGGAACCAUAACUAACGAAAUCCAUAACGAUAAUCACGAUUCAAUUUUAUUACUCGACGUCGAUAGUGGACCGCUAUCUAAAACUGAGUUCAAUUUAAAGGAGGAGAUACAUAGGACUAUAAUGAACGGCCAUGCAAAUUAUUCAGACAAUAAUUUGAAUGGAAACUUAAUCGAGGAAUAUGAUGAUCAGAAGCCUCUUGUCGCGUAUAACAAAGGAACUGUAAACACACUAAGUCGUUUCGAACGUGAGAAAGAAUAUGAGGAAACUGUAACAGUUCCGGUACAGAGGUACGCCGAUAGUCUACGCAGGAAACAUUUCGAAGAGCCUCAGUUAUGUUCUAUUCCAAGCACUGAAGAAAACGACUUAAUACCAGGCUCGAUAGCGUACAGGGAGCGCAAAAAAUGGUUAAACUUCGUCGAUAUGCCGAACAACCCGUAUUCACCAGAAGCGAUUAAAAAGAGGCUAUCAGCAAAAAGCACUUCAUCUCUUUUCGACACAUUAACAACGAAUAAAGAUAGAGAUACUGAAAAGUUGACAUCCUGCGAGAACGUUUGCACAGAACAAGAAACUAAACAUAAUUCUAUGAAAGAAAUAGUGGGAAAGAGACAAUUAAAAACUAGCUUGAGUAUAGAUGAAGGUAUGAUGGACGAUAGAAGAUCAAUUAGCCCAUCUCCUAAAGUUUUAAGAAAUGUUUUGUCCGAAGAUCUACCAAAUCAUAAACGAUACGGCCGAGACUAUUACAUCAAAGAGGCAAGGUCAUCCUCCGGCGAGCGAAAAGGCAAAAGCAGUAUCAGCGGCUCAAGUUCCCUCUCGAGCUCGAUAAACAAAUCGACGAGUUUAGACAAUUUCGAUAGAGAGUUCGCCUCGCCUGGACUCCUAAUACAACAGUUCAAUACUAUAGCCACUCACCAGCAAUACACUAAUUUCGAGAAUAAAAACAAAGAACAAAUCUCAAUAACAACAAUGCCCAGUGAAUACAAAAACGAGAUAAUGAUAGACUAUGAAGAUGUCAACGAGCAUACACUAUUUGUUAAACCUACUUACACAGAUGACGAUACUGAUCAAAAAUUCGAAGAAAUAUUACAAACUGCUUAUAAUAAUACAGAUAAAUUUGAAAUAACGACAGAUAAAAUGAAUGAUGAAGCUGACAAAUAUCCAACAAGUUUGGAAAAUUCUUUGAGUUCGAGUAGCGUGGAAGAUUCAAUUAAAAUAUACAAUGUACAAACCGGUGAGAUUGUGAAAUGUACACCAGAAGAUAAGCUAUCACGGAGAUCUGUGGCUGAUAAAAAUGAUAAUAUCAAUAUACCUGAUAAGAAUACGGCAGAAACCAUUGCUAUCAUUGAUAGGCUAAGCGAAAGUGAAAACAGUGCUAUAAACCUAGUAGAAAUAGAUAGUUUUAAGGAAGCUCCGAUUAAAAGUGAAAUAGAGGAUCUGCCAGCUGAAUUACCAAAUGUGAAAGAAUUGGCUAAGAAAUUUGUCAGCAUGGAAAGCCUUAGUGAGCCGGUCAAGGUACCCCAACCCGUAUUAAAACGGCAUAAAAGCAAAGAGAACAUAUUCAGUUCAGAUUACAAAGAGAAAUCCGGUCACAAACUUCAAUACAUGCACAGUCUCACAGCAAGAAGUAUAUCUAAAGAAUUUCGGGAAGAACUCAAACUGUCCAUGGCGACACCCCACACAGUUCCUGGGGGUGCUAAGGAUAUACCCGAAGGUGAGGAGGUGACCAGGGAAUCCAGCAGGCCAGGCAGCCCAGUUCCUGAACCAGGGACGAUAAAAUCGAAAUUGGCAUUUUUCGAAAGCUUGAAAUCGAAAUUCACUAGUAAAUAGGUCGUAGAUAUAAAUUCAGCUAUAUCCCAUAAUUUCAGUUUGAGAAGGAAAAUUUAUGUAUAUAGAAUCUUUUCCUGGGCCUGUCUCCGUACUUGGUUGGUCUGAACCGUUCGUUGUACGUGUAUUAGGUAGCUACACAACAGUUAUUAAUGGAUAUACUAUUUUUUUUAAAUGGCUAGUUUCCUACUUCUUAUGUAGUAUAUCAAUUAAAAUUAAGUAGGUAUAUAACAAUUAUUAAUGGAUGUACUUGUGGAAGCUAGACAUUUUUACUGAAUUUAUGCAGUCAGUUUCGGAAUCGCCACUCAGUUGGUAAAUUGUUCGUCACCCGAAAAAAUCAUUUCGAUCAUCUUCUUUUAUUUAGAAAUGUGACUACAAUUUAUUUACUCUUCUGUAAAUGAGUAGCGUAGUUUAAAAACGUGUAUUUUAUUGAUCGAGCAAUCCGACAGUAUGUAGGUGUCAAAAACAGUAAAAUAAUUACCUAAUUUUCCACAUUUAUAAUGUUUUAACUGCGUACAAAAUUAUUGUAAAUUUUGACACACUUUAAUGACACCCAUUAAUUAUUGUGUCGAAAUUAAAUGUAAUAGAGAAUCGUUUUUAUGAAAAUAAUGUUUUGGUAUUUUCAUCAGGUAUAAACCAUGUUUAUUUAUCUUAAAACUUCCAGCAGAAAGAAGUUUUAGAUCUCUCAAUUUAGUUCAGUUUUGAGAUACCUAUCCAACAAGCACUUUGAUCGUAUAUUUUAUUGCGAAAAAUUAUGUUAUAAUUUUAUAAUCGUUCAUUAAACAUUAAUCAUCUUUUAAUUUCUCGAAAUUAAUGCAAUUAAAACUUUAAAGUUAAUGCGAUAAUAAAGAUUAUAUUGUUGGCCUCCGUUCACUGUAAAAAUAAUGUUAGGUACUAUGCAAUAUUUAACUAAGUACUUUUAUUUGUGCAUACAGACUUUAGACGCGAUUAUAAGGUUAUCUUAGAGUAUUCACUCUUCAAGUAAGUUGUGGCACAGAAGUGCUAAGUAAUAUCCUACCGGCUUCAAAAACCGUAAAUAUCGUAAAUUUUUGUUUAUACGUAUACUUUUUAUGAAUGGUCACACUUUUAUUGAAUAGAUUCAUAAUCAUUAGGUUACUGUGUAAAUAUUUAGUGCCAUUGUAAUAAUCAUUUUAAAGCUAAAGCCAAAGUUGUAAAUAGGACAUUAUUUUAGGUAUAAUGUAAAACCUAUAGCACGUUCGAAUAAACUGUACAACAGUAACCUUAGGACAACUUCUUCUGUUCCUGGGCCGUCUCCGCACUUGGUCAUUUGCUUGCUCGCAACCAUGGAGUCGUUUUCGAGUACGGAAAUACAAGAGCAGCGGAGUAAAAUUGAUAUUAUCAGCAUUUGAUUAAAGCUUAAAUUUGCCUACAGACAGAACGUUUGUAAAACAAAAAUCAGUGGUAUAUAUAGGAUCUGCGACUAAAACAUUAGCUCCAUGUUACUUUGACUAUACAGAGUUUGAUAUGCGAAAAAUCGUUAAAAAAAAAGAUGUAGGUUGUUUUCACGUGUCGUGUUUGUGCUGUUUUAUAAAUCUCAAUAGUGUUUUACUGUCCCAGUUUUUAUUUCAUCGUAGAUCGCCCUGAUGACUGCAAACACAGGAGGUCUAACGAGGGGCAUCGCAAUCAAGCAAAGUAUACAGUUUAUUCGACCGUGUUAUAUUUAUUAUUGUAUCUCGAGGUUGUGUGUAUAAUCAUAAUAUAUUAUAAUUUAUUUAAAGCUGGUCGCACAUUACUAGCAAUGCAUUUUUCAUUACUUAAAUGGCAACAGUGCAUUUAGGGCCUGUUUUACCACCUUCUGAUAGAUGCCGAUUAGCCUAACGGUGAGUUUUGUCACUUUCUUACUUUAUGUCAAAUGACAGAGAAAAAAAUUUUAAAUAAGCUAUACAACAUCUAUCAGAAUUAAACGUCAUGCACAUUAUUUAUGGUGAAAAAUGUUUUGCCUGAAGGCCGGUAAAUGUAAACUGCUUAAAUUUGCAUAGAUUAUGAAAUAGAUAAAGAAAACUAGUAAACCAGCUUGGGUGUGAGCAAAACUUUUGACAUAAUGUAAGACACGAUUUUGACACAAAUUUGAUUUGAUUGAGUUACUAAAGUUUUGCUUACACCAGAAUUAAAGGCAAAAUCUAGAAUGUGAUAAUGGACAUACCUUCAUAUUGUUAGUUUUGAUAAAUUAUAUUUUAAUAAAUAAAUAAAAUAAAAAAGUUUAUUUUGUCUGUGACUUAGCCUAAAUUAAAUAGCGUAUGGGGUAAUUUAUAUGCAAGCCGAUUUAUAACAACGGUGCUUUCUAAACCUUACCGCACGAGUCGGACGUCAGCUUAAGACUGACUGUAAGGUGUAUUCUGAAAUGUUACAUUCUACCCGUUUUGCGUAAACCUAUGUUACUCAAACGCAUCAAGUAAUGUUUCCAGUGAUGAUUAAAACUAUGUAUCCUAGUAGAGCUAGUGCCAUGAUUCCACGCAUUAUAUUUAUUUAAAGGAUGUAGUUUAGUGACGAAAUCACUCCACAACAUCUUACACUCACUCACUCUCCCUCUUCUCUUAAAUCUUCCCUUUAAUGUUAAGUCUAAGACAAAAUUAAUACCAUAAUAAAAUACUUGUAAAUCUUUAUUAGAUUUCAUACUAUUUCGGAUGUGGUGAAAAUUAAUGUUUUCGAUAUUAGAUAGAAAUGAAUAUGUCAAUAAAACU